AUGAGUCAAUACAAUGAAUUAAUGAAGCCGCAAACGGCGGGGACUUUGUCCCAUACAUUAAAUGAAAAACAGAAGGAAGCAUUUAAAGAACUUCUAGAUGAGGAAUUCAAUAAAGUGAAUAUCAUAGGUUUUAAUUCGGGAAAGUUUGAUUUAAAUUUAAUUCUUCGUGAUUUAAACACUGCAAAAUGGAAAAUAAAAUCAAUGCUGGGUUCAUCUUCACAAUUUAAGCAAAUCAUUGUAAAGAAAACAAACGUUCCAUAUGAAUUGAGAUUUAUUGACAUCAGAAAUUAUAUAGCGGGUGGGACAUUAGACCAAUUCACUCAAGAUUUCGGAAACAAUAAAUCACGUGUUAAAUCCUUUUCCCCUUAUCAAUUCAUCACGUGGGAAAAUUACGAAGAAGAAUUAUAUAAAGUGGAACCAUUCACUCAAGAUUCAUUUUAUUCAGCAUUAACCCAAGAAACUAUAUCAGAUAGUGAUUAUCAAAUAUAUCUCAAUGAUGCUAAAAACUUUAAGAAUAGAUUAGAAUAUUUUAUUCAUUAUCGCAAUAAAGAUGUUGAAAUUAUGAUUGACCCAAUCGAUAAAAUUAUUGAAGAAACAUUUGUUUAUAAAAUUGAUAUGCUUCAUAAUCUUUCUUUAUCAUCGAAUGCUUCAAUGAUUCGUUACGCUUUAGCAUAUAAAGACUUUAAUCCUAAUGAAAAAUAUCCUGAGGAAGAGAUAGAAUCAAGUUUUGAAUUAACGAAAAAGUAUUGGAAAUAUAAAAUUGAAUCAUAUAAGAAACAAGAUGAAAAAGCAGAAAGAGAUACUAAAAAUAAUGUUUCAAUGGAUGAUUUUCAAUACUAUCACGAUUUAAUCCUUUCAUCUAAAUGCAAAAUGUGUGGUAAAGCGUUUACAUAUGCUAAUAAACCAACAUUAGAUAGAAUCGAUAAUGAAAAACCACAUACUAAAGAAAAUUGUCAGUUAAUGGGUUGUUAUUGCAAUGUCGUAAAAUCAAAUAAAGAUGA